ACAAAGCGCAUAUCUCCCCAGAAGAAAAAAAAUUCGUUAUAACGCAAAUUGUCAGUUGGUCUGGAAAGAAUCUAAGUGGAAAAAGAUAUCACUAGAAAAAACAUGAAUUUAUCUAUGGCGAUGGUUUUAUUUUCCUGUAUAAUUUUGAUAACAGCUUCUACACAACAUUUUUCACGUAAGACUUUACAAGCACCGUGGACCUCGUGUAACAGAUACAAUGGAUUCACUUCCAUUCUGACGUGUGAACGCUUCUGUAGGUUCGUGUUCGAUUCAUUAUACUUGUUCAGUCAUGGCGUCAUUGAGGGGACCUGCUAUUGCUGUGACAAGAAACCAGGAGAUAGCGAUGAGUACUUUCCAGACGAUGUUCGUGAGUCAUAUAUUCCUGGAUUUUGUCCAUUUAACUACACGGGCUACACAUACAAUGAACACAUGAUUUGCCUGAGGUAUGAGGAAUCCAUGAAGAAAUAUCACCAAGCUGCAGACGUUUGCCAGCAUGAAGGAGGGGAUCUAAUUCGACUUGAUUCUUUAACCAAACAUAACAUUAUGAGGUCUUUUGUCGAGGAAGAACGCACUUUGGCUGAAGUUGAGGUUUGGGUCCAAGGUAUCAGAGACGCCAACCUGACAUGGAGAUACCACGACUCCACACAGCUUAACUACACCUGCUUAAGAGGCGUGACCGGUGAACCAACUGACAAUUAUAUGCGAGCCAGAAGUGCUGGCAGUUACAAUUGUAACGACCAUAAUGAAAACUAUCGAUCGUUUUUCCUGUGUGAGAUUUACAUUCGUGAUAGUUGGUUUUGAAAUGAGGUAGACAUGCACGUGUAUGCAACUUUUUUUUCAUGGUUAUUUACAAUAAGGAUCUUUUAGUCUUUACAUAUAAUUGUUUAUACAUAAAUGCAGUCCUUAUGAAUGUUCAGGUAAAAAAAAG